AUGAGGACAGUCGGAGGUGACUUGGAGCAUUUCCCAAUUGUGAUGCAGUCUCACCAAGGGUCAGCCUUUAGUCCGUUCUUAUUUGCCCUAGUGAUAGAUGUUUUGACGCGACAUAUUCAAGGUAAGGUGCCUUGGUGUAUGUUAUUACCAAAUGACAUUUUUUUGAUUGAUGAGACUCGCGACAAAGUUAACUCUAAGCUGGAGGUUUGGAGACAGAUCCUGGAAUCUAAAGGGUUCAGGUUGUGCAGGACCAAGGCAAAAUACUUGGAGUGCAGGUUCAAUGGAGUAGCGCAUAAGGAUGGCGUGGACAUGAGACUUGAUACUCAGGUGAUUCAAAAGAUAGAAAAUUUCAAGUAUAUUGGGUCUAUUAUUGAAGGAAAUGAGGAGAUUGAUGAGGAUGUCACACAUCGUAUUAGUGAGGGGACGAUGAAAUAG